UCGCCACAUCACAUGAGCGCAUCAAUGUGUUUCAUCGCUAUGUGUCCCUCUGUAUGCUCAUGACGACAACAAUGCACAUGGGCUACUUCCUGCGAGAGUGGCUGUACUACGAUGUUUGGGCGAGUCAGUGGGAACUCCUGGGCCAAGCCGUGCUCAUCUGGGGCGUAUCUGCUUGGAGCAUCCUCAUUUUCAUCAAUGCAACCUCCAUUAGCUUUAUCCGCAAUCGUUUCUACAGCUACUGGCUCCCCGUUCACAUCACCAGCAUGGUGGCAUUAUCCAUUCUUGUUGGUCGACACGUCACACCUCCUAGCCGAUUGUGGCUAUAUGUUGUUGCUGGGCUCUUCUUCCUAGACCGAUCACUGCGUAUUGGUUCACGAUUGAAUUGUAUGCGCAGUCGAUGGACGAAUGACGGCGUCAUCAUCGAGGCCUUACCCGGUGGUGCCAUUCGAGUCACCGUCCCAAAUCAAUCACUGCCAUUCCAAAAGCCAGGGCAAUGGGCUUACCUAUCCCUCUACCAGAUUGGCAUCCAUUCGCAUCCCUUCACCAUCAACUCGCAACCAAAGUCCGGAAAACUUGUGUUCCUCCUCAGGGCCAAACAUGGCUUGACGCGUGCUCUGCAUGAUCGUACAGAUGAGCAAUUGCCACCCUCUUCUACAAUGCGAUACUCGCUCGAAGGACCGUAUGGAGGCAUGUACCUGCCGCCAGCUUGCUUUGAUACGGUGCUCCUGGUAGCAGGUGGUGUCGGUGCCAGCUUCACAAUGAGUUUGUUGACGAGUCUCAUGGUAGACCCUGGAUGUUGUCGACGUGUGCAGGUGCUUUGGAUGGUGAAGGAAGAAGCUUGUUUGAGCUGGUUCGAGGACCAAAUUGAAGAAGCAUUCCGCCAGGCGACAAAGCACUCGAUUGAGCUGGACGUACGCCUUCACAUUACAUGCGAUGCGAAGUGGUCUGCUGAGGAACGCAGCAAACUCAAGACUGGCCUUUCUACAUGCGCCUGCAAGGAAGUCAAGACGAGUGGGCUGGAUUACUUUGGUUUGAAGGGUCACUCGACCGCGAGCAGUCUCGCUUCAAACGAAAUCACACAGUACGGGUCUCUGUUGCAGUCAGCUGGGCAGUCGGAGCAAUGUUGCUGUACCCAGAAAGAGUCCAGACGUGAAGAGAUUCAGCGCGUCUGUGGACGUCCAAAUCUUCAACGUGCAAUCUUACAGCAUCUUAUGCAAGACGAGCGUCAGGGGGAGAGUGGCAUUUUCGCAUGUGGACCGAUCGCCAUGACCAGGGAGCUUCGUACUGCGGUGGUCAGGGCAAGCGAUAUGCUCGCAGUCAAGAAGGGAUCUGGUAGAGAAGCCGUCUACCUUCACGUUGAGAAUCAAGGCUAGUCAUACUCUUCCUCUAGCGAUAAUACAAUUUCUCGUCUCAACUGACCACCUGCGCUC